AUGUCGAUGCCAAUGCCCGGCCCCAUGGGCCCUAUGCAGAUGGGCCCCAACGGCCAGCCCAUGCCUUCGCCUGAGCAGAUCGCGGCCAUGCGCAGACAAAUAGAGGCUGAUGCCCAAAAGGCCGGCAUGAGUGUUCCGGAUUUCCUCAACCACCUCCGACAGCAGGCCAUGCAGCAGCAGCAGAUGGCCAUCCGUCAGCAGCAGCAACAACAGCAGCAGCAACAGGGCGGCGAAGGUGGAGAGGGCGGCCAUGAUCACGCUCACGAUCACGAUCAUGACCACGAGGGUCAUCAGCACCCUCACCCUCAUCAGCACCAGCAGCAGCAGCCGCAGCAGGGCCAGCCGCAGCCCAUUAGGCCUGGCCCGCCCAACCCUGUUGCGCUUGCGCUGGCCAGCUUCCUGCGCGCCCAGGAUUUGAAGCCCCGUACCUGUAUUCUCAAUGGCGAGCGCAAGGACAUGUUCAAGGUCAAGCGUGCGCUCCGCGCUCUCCAGUCCCCCGCCUACGAGAAGGCGCGCAAGAAGAACCCCGAGUUGCCCGAGAUCACCGAUCGUGCGUCUCUCGAGAACACCUUUAAGCUUCUUCCCAUGUCCAUGCUUGCCCUGCGCGUCACAAAGACCGACCCCCACGAAGGCCACGACCACGGCCCGAAGAAGACGAAGCGCAUCAAGGGUCUCUGGACCGUCCGCAUCGAGCCUCAGCAAGAGGCCAAGGAAGAGAUGUACUACGCGUGGUUCUGGGAGGGCAGCCAGGUUAAGCGCAAGCUGUACUCCAUCCUCGCCCUCGUGCUCAUCUUCAUCGUCGUCUGCUACCCCCUCUGGCCCCUUAAGCUUCGUCUCGGCGUCUACUACCUCAGUUGGGGAUUCUUGGGCUUGCUCGGCUUGUUCUUCCUCAUGGCCAUCUUCCGUGUCAUUCUCUUCUGCAUCACCUACUUUGUCGCAUCUCCCGGCCUUUGGCUGUUCCCCAACCUGUGGGAGGACGUCUCAUUCAUGGACAGCUUCAAGCCCGUCUGGGCCUGGCACGACACUGCUCCCAAGAAGGGCAAGAAGAAGAAGGCCUCAUCCGCCGGCGCCUCGAGCGCCGGCGGUACCUUUGCCGCAUCCACUGGCCAGCCCCUCCCGGCUUCCGCGACCACAACAGCUACGGAGACGCAGAUUGCAUCCCAGCCCGCGCAACGCCCCGGCUACGUCGCGCCAGCUGUGGAGGAGCUUGGUGAUGAUGAGGAGUAG